UUUGCUUCUGAGAGUUAAUGAGCUUCACAUUCAACUUGCAACAGGGUCAAGUUGAAAACCAAAGUUGUCAAAAUAAUCCGAUUUUCAAAACAGAGCAAGGACAAUAUCUAGCAAACAACUUGGCUGAACCGCUUAUAAAAGCUCUUACUGAAAUAGCGAACAAAAGACCAGAGGAUCCUGUCGCGUUUCUCACCGGGUUCUUACAGAAUUAUGUACGGAACCGCAAUGGUAAAGCAGAAGUCGAGCAAACAAUAAAGAGCAGCAGCAGUAAAACAAAUUCAACCGCAUUAAUGACGCAUAAGUCAAAUACAAAUCCUAGUGCCAGCAACAGUAAUAAUGAGGAUAACGAUAUUGAACGCAUUUCAACUGCGGAAGAUGAUUCCUUAGCCGUUAAUCAGUACGACGAUCGCGAUGAGCAUGGACAGAGUAUGUUGCACUUCGCCUGUGCUCGUUCCCAUAGACGUGGAGCGUUAAUGAAUUUGAUUGAGGAAUCAAAUAUUGACAUAACAUAUAGAGAUGAGCUAUAUCGUACCGCUAGAGAUGUUUCCUUGCAAGCAAAUCAAUUGGCAAAUGCAAAAGAAAUUGAUCGCUAUGUACUCUCAUUGGCUGUGAUUGGUGAUGUAAGACCAUUCGAACAUUUGGGAAUAAUGGGCUACGAUCAUAUCAUUGACAUCGUUGAUGAUAGUGGUAAGAUGAUAACAGAUAUUGUUACUGAAAAGGGUCACGAGGAAUUAGAAGCAUUUUUGCGAAAUUUACGUUCUAUGGAGGAAACUCGUGAAGAGUUGCAUCAAAUGAUACGUGAAAAUAAUUUAGAGCGGAUUAAGGAAAUAACUGCUUCAAUAAAUGCCAAAUGGUUGUUGGGGGCCAAAAACUACUAUGGACGUACUGCAUUGCACAUUGCAGUUUUGAAAGAAGCUGAAGAAAUUGUUACAUUAUUUAUAAAUCACGCACCUGAGGUGUUAAGAAUAGGUGAUAAUUUGGAACGUACUGCAUUACACUAUGCAAUGGGUACAAAUACUGUAGAGAGUCUGAGUCGAAUAUUGAUACAAAAUGGUGCCAAGCGUACAUCUAAGGAUUUAAAAGGACGUCAGCCAAGUUAUUAUUUUAUGAAUAAAGCCGAUAUACUUCGUUUACAGGAAGAAGAAGAUGAAAAUCGUUAACGAAAUAAUUUGUUUCCAAUCGAUGGAAAUUAAAGCUCUAGUGAUUUAGUCCUGGUUCUGAAAGUAUUGAUAAAAGUAUUACGGAAAAGCACUUUCGAAGCAAUAUUAGAUAAGUUCAAAGGAUUUAUUUGUUGUUUUAUAACAAAAUUUGCACUUAUUAAAAAGAAAUCAUGUAAUAAUA